AUGAUCCUGAUGGCACCCAAGAAGAAGAAGACGAUGAUGCUGUUGGCGUCUUCCUUUGUCCUCCUACAUGUAGUACCAUGGCUCCUCGUCUGCCCAGUACUGGUAGUAGCCGGAGAUGCUACAGAAGAACAUCAGCAGCAAUUUCUAAGGGCUGUCAUGAAACCAGAGCAGUUGAUCGAGCAUGAACGACAGCGAGAGCUGACCCUUUCCUACUGCGAGACUGGAUGUGACAAUGACCAAGAUUGCCAAGCAGUCUCCAUUUGCUGGAAGGAUUCUGGCAAAGUGCCUCUUUGUUGCAAAGAACGCGGCGUGAACAGCAAGGAUGUCUGUGCUCCAGCUUCCUGCGAUAACAAACCGUAUGAUCCCGAUUGCGAUCCCUCCAAAGACGACAGUUGUGACAAUAUUGGCGUCAACACGUGCUUUUCGGGACAAGCCAAACCAGUUCCCGCUCGCAUGGUGCAGGUGGGACAUGUGCUACAAGACGUUAUGAUUUCGAAUGAUGACAACAACAACAACAAUAAACGCAUGGUCGUGACCAACAUUCGAACCGUCACCCGAAACGGACUGUACGCUCCUUUGACCAAGGAUGGAACCCUCGUGGUCGCUGGUGGCAUUCUGGCGUCUAGCUACACCACUCUGCAACAUCCACAACAACAACAACAACAAUCCAACAAUAAUAAUAAGGGAUACGUGUAUCUAUCCGGCAUUGGGAGUCUCGAGUUUCUACAGCUCCAUCAGUCGGAUGUCGCGCAUUUGUGGAUGCGUCCUCUUCGACUCUUCUGCAACUUUGCAGAAACAGCAACAACAACAAUCUGCCACAACAACAACAAUGAUGUCGAGGAUGGACUGUUGCCGUGGGUUGACAUUGAACUCGGUGGACAACUACUGGAAUUCGAGACGACAAAACGCAUUCCUUUUGGCCAAACAGCAGCAAGAAGGACAGCACCAUCCAUUUUUGCUGUUCACGGAAAAUAA